CUUCUCACUUCCCCAGUUUCCUCCCCGUUCCUGGAGGUCGUCGCGUCCUUCUACGACCCUGCGACUCCUGGUUCGUUUAUACUGUUAUCAUGGCAUCUUCUUUACUUCCAGCUGCCCUGCAGAAUAAACUGCUGGGCUACAGCCGGGCCCCCAGCACCCAGCUGGCGGCUUUGCCUUUGGAUCUUCUCCGGAAUAUUGUUUUUAUACUCUUUAUUCUUCGCUACGUUCGUAAGACGUUCUAUUCUUUGCGGGGCUAUGGCAUCUUUGGCAGCAUCCGCAAUGUCUACGCCUCCGUCCGUCUCUUCUUCUACUCGGUCUUCUUGCGAUUCCCCGGUGUCCGCGGUCAGGUUGAUAAGCAGGUGUCUACGGCAAUCGAGGGCCUGGAGUCGAAACUCAUCGCGAGUGGUCCCGGUGUCACACGAUAUCUGAACCUUCCUAAGGAAGGAUGGACGGCGGAACAGGUUCGCGCUGAGCUGGAUAAGCUGGCGAAUAUGGAACACACGCGCUGGGAAGACGGUCGCGUUAGUGGUGCUGUGUACCACGGUGGACAGGAUCUCCUGAAGCUCCAGGCAGAAGCUUUUGGACAAUUCGGUGUGGCGAAUCCCAUCCACCCCGAUGUUUUCCCUGGUGUUCGGAAGAUGGAAGCCGAAGUCGUGGCUAUGGUCAUGGCAUUGUUCAAUGCCCCGUCUGAUGGCGCAGGUGUGACUACCAGUGGCGGUACGGAGUCGAUUAUCAUGGCAUGCUUGGGUGCGCGACAGAAGGCUUUCCUCGAACGAGGUGUGACAGAACCAGAGAUGAUCAUCCCCGAUACUGCUCAUGCUGCCUUCUAUAAAGCUUGCAACUACUUCAAGAUCAAGCUCCAUCGCGUUCCCUGCCCGGCUCCCGAGUACAAGGUGGACAUUCCCGCUGUCCGCCGGUUGAUUAACUCGAACACCGUCUUGAUUGUCGGUUCUGCGCCCAACUUCCCUCACGGAAUUGUUGAUGAUAUCCCGGCUCUAUCUCGCCUCGCGACCGCCUACAAGAUCCCUCUGCAUGUUGACUGCUGCCUUGGCUCCUUUGUUAUUGCCUUCCUCAAGAAGGCCGGCUUCCCGUCGCCAUACGAAGAAGAGGGCGGCUUUGAUUUCCGCCUCCCCGGUGUGACCAGCAUCAGUGUCGAUACGCACAAAUAUGGAUUUGCACCCAAGGGCAACUCGGUGCUUCUGUAUCGCAACAAGGCUUACCGCAGCCACCAAUACUUCAUCUACCCUGACUGGUCGGGUGGUGUCUACGCAUCCCCGUCUGUAGCGGGAUCUCGGCCCGGUGCCCUGAUCGCUGGAUGCUGGGCUAGUCUGAUGAGUGUCGGUGAGAAUGGUUACAUCAAGAGCUGCUUGGAGAUCAUGGGUGCGGCCAAGAAGUUUGAAGCAUCGAUCAAAGAACACCCGGUCUUGUCUAAAAACCUGGGAAUUGUUGGGAAGCCUAUGGUCAGCGUUGUCGCGUUCGACAGCACGAACGAGGCCAUUGAUGUCUACGACAUUGCGGACAACCUCUCUGCGAAGGGCUGGCACCUAAAUGCUCUUCAGACCCCGCCGGCGAUCCACGUCGCGUUCACCGUGCCCACGUCCGCUGCCGUUGAUGCGCUCACUUCUGACUUGGUUGUGGUUGUGGAGAAGGAACUUGCGAAGGCGGAAGAGAGAAAGCAGCAAGGUAAGGCGUACGUCGUCAAGCGAGGCGAUACUGCUGCGCUGUAUGGUGUAGCCGGGAGCAUGCCGGACAAGAGUAUUGUCAGCCGCCUGGCCGAGGGCUUCCUUGAUACCCUGUAUAAAGCUUAGAUGACUGAUUCAAGACCUAAACUGUCAAUACGUUUGAAAGCAAGGCCCUAGGCUCCUGAAAAUAGCGGGCCAUCGGUGUUACGGUGUAUAGGUUGGGCAUUGCAUUUCAACUCCAUCACGGAGCAGCAUAUUCUUAUAAGACAAG